GCAAUGCCAAGGAUGGGAAGAUCUCUGUUCUCCUCCACUCUCCUCCUUCUCUUACUGGUGGCUUUGAUGAGCCUUGGCUUGAUGAGCUGGGCAUGGACUGCCCCUGACUGCACCAUAGCAGACAGCUCCCUGUUGCCUAACCUCUCCUACUACAUCCCAUUCUGUUCUUUGGCCCCAGGACUGCAUAUCUUUGCAUCAUGCUCCAAUGUUAAAGACCUGGCUCAGACUUUGACAGCAGUGCCCCAAGAUAUAGAGGCCCUAUGCCUCCAGGGCACAGUUCCCAUCCUGUCAACGGAUGCCUUUGCUCACUUCUCCUCCCUACGACUACUGAGGCUGCAGCUGGGCACCAUCAGGGUUACUUCUGGGGCAUUUCAAGGACUGGAGCAGCUGCAGCACCUUUCCUUUGAGCAUCAUGCUCCCUGUUGCCUGAGUCUAUUCCUCCCUCCAGAUGCUCUGGAGCCCCUUAGAUUCCUCAAGAGCCUUUCCUUUCAAGGCUACUGCCUGAAUAAUAGCCAGAACAUCCAGCUGCCCAUGAAACUUAGUCAUCUGACUCUGAGGCACAGCUGUUUGAUAGAUCUGCAGGAACUGCAAGGGCUCUUCCCAAACCUUGUUCCUGAUUCCUCUCCUACAGCCAGCCCCAGACCAUGGUCACCCUUCCUGGAGAUGCUCGAUCUGUCUGGAAACCUGCAGCUGAGCCAGGUGGGUGUCAGAGCUUUGCAUGGCCUCCAGCUCCAUUCUUUGAGAUUGGAUGGCACCCCACUAAGCGCAUUAACCCUCCCAGACUCAGGAUUGCUCCACCUGGACUCCCUCUCCCUUGUGGGUACAGGUAUAGAAAAACUGCCUGGGAAUGUGACAGAAUACUUUGAGCUUCGUGCACUUGACCUUGGGAGAAACCAAAUCCAGAACAUAGAAGAUGAGGAUCUCUCAAGCUGCCGCUCCCUGGAACUGCUCAGCUUUCAUGCCAAUGGCCUGCAGUUUCUUCCUACUAGGUUUCUGAGUGCCCUGCCCCAGCUUCAGACGCUCAACCUGUCCAUGAAUAAGCUGGGCCCAACCUUGGUGCUCCCAGAAGGUCUGGUCAGCUCAAACCUGAGAGUGCUAGAUCUGUCCCACAAUGAGCUCAGUGUUCUGCCCUGUGGGGCCUUCUCCUUUCUUCCUCGACUCCAGGAGCUCUGGCUGAGCGGCAACAACAUCUCCAACAUAUCCAGUGAGAGCCUGAAGGGACUGAGGUGGCUGAAGACCCUAGACCUGAGUUGGAACCAAAUUAAGGUGCUAAAUCCAGGCUGGCUCUCCUUUCUUCCUGCCCUCACCUCACUGAACCUCCUGGGCACCCUUUUAGAGUGGAUCUUAGGCAAGCAGCUCCAGGGUCCUCAGAAGCUGAGCCAUCUGCAGCUCGGUUCUCUUAACACGCUGGAGAUCUACCCUCCGUGGCCUCCAGCACUGCUCAGCUUGGAGGCAUGGGCAGAAGGAUACAUCCAGUUUAGCAUCCCCAGGGGAGAACCCUUCUUGUUCCUGGAGAACCUUACCUUACAAACUCAAAAUAUGUUGCUGAUUCCAAACAACAUCACAGUCCAUUUCCCUUCUCUGCGUCACCUCACUCUGCGAGGCUGCAGCCCCCACAUUUUCUCAAGCCGUCAAUCCCUGGGAUUCUUCCCAGAGCUUCCAGUCUUGGAGCACUUGCACUUCUGGUCUACUCAUAAUGGUCCAGAAGACCUACAUCUAUCUGGGAUGCCCAGGCUGCGAGUGCUGGAGCUGGGGGACCUGGACUUCCUCCUUGACUCAAGUCCAGUGAAACUGGAGGUGUUGCUGAAGGAGCUGCCUUCAUUACAGGUGCUGGCAUUGAGCAACCUGAACCUCGGAAACCUGUCUGUCUCCAGCUUCACAAACUUGGGCCUCCUCCGGCUGCUACUGCUCAACUCUGAAUGGGCCCUGGGGUUGGACAGCAGCCUCCAGGAGUUAAUCCCCCAGAUGCCUCAAUAUGUUUAUUUCUCCGAUGUCACUUUCGCCUGCCAGUGUGAGAGCUCUUGGGUGGCACCUUGGGCAAUACGGGCCCCAAACACCUUUGUAUAUGGACUGGAGAAAUCCAUUUGCAUGGCCAAUGCCUCUGACUACCUCAAGACUCCAUUGCUCUCCUUCCUUUCCGACCACUGCCCGUACGAUGCGGGGCUUCAGGCCUUUCUCAGCAGUUUCACUCUGGCACUCCUGCUGACCGUCCUCACACUGCUCGGCUGCCCCAGAUGGCUCUGGCUGCACCACCUCCGGACUCUCUUUCGUACCUGGUGGUGGAAAUUGGGUGGGCGGGGCCCCAGAAGCCAAUUCCGCUAUGAUGUCUUUCUGUCCUAUUGUGCACAGGACCAAGCCUGGGUGCUGGAAAAACUGGUCCCUGCCCUGGAGAAGCCUCCUCCUGCUGGCGAGGGCUUGAGGCUCUGCCUGCCUGAAAGAGACUUCGGAGCUGGACAAGACAGGAUGGAUGCGAUGGCCGCCAGCAUGGAGGGCAGUAGAGCCACCCUCUGCGUGCUCAGCCGCCAGGCCCUGAGUAGUCCCUGGUGCAAUCUAGAGUUAAGGCUUGCCACCUACUUCUUGGUGGCCAAGCCUGGGACCGCUCGCCUCCUGCUGCUGUCUCUGGAGCCUAUUGAUUGGCGGCAGCUGCGCAGCUACCACCGCCUUACCAGGUGGCUCCAGAAGGAGGACUAUUUCAAUUUGCCCCAAAGCAGGAUUGAGUGGAAUGACUUCUGUGAGCAACUUCGGAGAAGGCUAAGGAACGCCGGACGAGAAAGAGACGAUCAGGGGCUGUGAGAGACUUAGCCAUGCAGAAAUACUUCCCAGCAGAGGCCUGGACUUCAUGACACCACUUGUGGGCAGACUCCCAGUGGUGGUCUGUAGGCAAAGCUUACAGCAAGCCCACUUUCCACGUGGGAAAUGCUGGAUGAAGACACCAAAUCCCAAUGGGAAAAGUAACUGAAAACCCUUGGAAGCAAAGUAUUCAUUCAAAAAACAGUUCUGAUACCUGCUAGUCCUCUCACAACUAAAGGCACUUCCCAAAAAAGAAUACACAAAAAUGGUUCUCCCCGCAGAGGUCUUUUACCUCCUUAGUUAAAUGUA